AUGACUCGUAGAAAACGUAUUAUAUCUGCGGAGGCCGGGUGCGGGGCGGGUGCGGGCGGGGGUGUGGGCGGGGGUGCGGGUGCGGGUGCGGGGGGUGCGGGGUGCGCGGACUCGUUCUCGCGCUCGGUGGCGCGCUACGCGCUCCGCUUCACGGCCGCUCUGCUGUCCGUGCUCGCCAUCACCGAUCAGAUGGUGCGCGACACGAACGCCAACAAACUCCUCAACAUCUCCUCCAGAUUGAACUUCAACACAUACUACGCGAAGCAGCUGGAGAAAUUCUGGAGCGACGACAAGAUGCUGGACGGCGAUAAGGCCGCCUCCUAGCAUCAGGCCGUGCGCGUGCGCGUGCGCUCGCACAGCAAGCUCAUCACGCCGGUGUAGUGUGUGACACGGGUGUUUAGUGUGUGCCAUGCGCUACGUGUGGACCAAAGAUACGUUGACUAAAUAUAUUCUUACACAUCUUUUACAAAAUCUCGUUAUACUUAUUAUGGGACAAUCUUACACACAUAGACCUAGUGCAAUUUUUAAACAAAAAUUAAUUCUAAUAAUCAAUAACAAAAAGAAACAUACUGUAUUAAUCAUUGGCAGUGUUUUUGACAACUUCAUGGAGACUA